AAAAAGAUCACAAAUUUGUACUCCAUGAGGUGUUGAAUUGAAGUGCAGGGAGCAGCUGUACUUUAAUUCCCGCGAAAUAUUUUCUCCCAAAAUUUCAGUCCCAUCAAUCAGUGGCAAAAGUAAUGAGUAUCUCUUCCUAAUCAACACCCUUCUCUCUCUUCCUACGUUUCUGCCAUUUUUUUCUCAUAAUUUUAGCCGUUACAAACUUACAUUACUUUAAUUCUUCAACCGUUUCAACUUUGCUUCUUAGGGUUCUCUGCUUCAGUUCCCUACACACCAUAAUAAACGCUUCAUCUGUUUUUGCCUUUCCCUUAUUUACUCGAAAAAUCAACAAAUUCUUCUAAGGUUUAGUUGAUGUUCCCUUUUCUGGGUUUUUUGUUUUGUUUUGGUUUGGUUGUCGGAUAUUUUGAGAGAAAUCAUGGAACAUGUUAUAGAACAAGGUGGUGAUGCUGGUAUGAAAAUGGAAACUCUGGUUUCGAGUUUUCCGGAAUCUGAAAGCAGAGUUGAUCGAGGAACUUACUACAAACCUGUUUCUUUUCCAGGAAGGGUGACUGGUCCUACAAGACGAUCAACAAAAGGAGGCUGGACCGAGCAGGAGGACAAACUUUUGACUUCUGCUGUGAAAGCGUUCAAUGGAAAAAAUUGGAGAAAGAUAGCUGCAUGUGUGCCAGGGAGAACAGAUGUCCAAUGCCUGCAUCGUUGGCAGAAGGUUCUCAAUCCUGAACUUAUUAAAGGACCUUGGACAAAAGAGGAAGAUGAUCUAAUACGUGAGCUUGUCAUGACGAAUGGGAAAAAGAACUGGUCUGAAAUAGCGAAGGCCUUGCCUGGUCGGAUAGGGAAGCAAUGUAGGGAAAGGUGGCAUAACCAUUUAAAUCCAGAUAUAAAAAGAACUGCAUGGACCAAAGAAGAGGAGUUCACUCUUAUUAAGGCUCACCAAAUAUAUGGAAACCGAUGGGCUGAAAUAGCCAAGUUUCUGCAUGGAAGGAGUGAGAACUCUAUCAAGAAUCAUUGGAAUUCCUCUGUGAAGAAAAAGGCCAAUUUAAAUGCCUCUAUGUGUGCUCCACAGUGCAAAUUUAAUUUCAGUGAAGGUAAAAUGACUAUUUUAAAACAAAGCUCUGAGGAGACUCCUGAACCUGAUCCUGAACCUGCCAAUUUGGGUUUUGGAACUAAACUUCCAAGAGAAAAUCAUAGACAAUAUUUUGAAUCCGCUAUACUUGUCAGAAAUGAAGCUGAUCCACAACCUAUAGCUUCCCGGAAUGAAACAAGCAAUGAAACUUGUAAGGGUGCUAGGCAAGUUCCUCUAGCAAAAUUUGAAGGUAAUGUCACAGGGGAAAGUAUUGAAGCUUCAAAAAGCAUGGGCAAUAAAUAUCUUUCCCCAUCAUGCUACAAACCCCUUCAGCUUAAGGAUUUGGACGUGCUUAUGGCAACUAGCAAAUUUGCAAGCACUGACAACCAUAUGCAAAGAAAUACUUCAUUACCUAAUUCCUUUUACAAUACCCCACCAAAUUAUGCAGAAGGAAUAUUUGUUAAUUGUAAGAGCCCAGAAGAUAUAUUGAGGACUGCAGCAAGGAGUUUUAAAAACACUCCAUCUAUCAUGAGAAAAGAAAGGAGCCCCCGCAGGCUAGAUUUUUCUCCUUGUGAAAAAAAUUGAUCUGUGAAGUGAAUAAACUACAAUAUUAUAUUUUAAGUCUUUCAUGCUCAUGCUAUUCUAAUUCUUACUCAUAGCUAAUCUGCCUUUCUGAAAACUUGUUGAUUUCAAUGCUUUCUCAAUAGGCUGAUAACUGAAAUUAUGCAUCUUGAAAACCUUGGGAGGAAACUAUAA